UCAAUCGACAAAUUCUUAUUGCUCAGGCCCAACAGGCCCAUAUCUAAUAUCAGCUGAUUGUCAAAUAAAUUUCUAACCUCUGUUCUGAGCCACUUCUGAGCAUUGAGGGGCAUCAAGAGGCAUUUUUAAACAUUUUUUAAAUACUAGUAAAUCAUACAUUUUAUUUCACAUAGGCAGAGAAAAGGAACAAUUGCUUACUGGUUUAAAGGUUUAUUAUUGAUAAAUUAUAUGUAAAAUGUCAGAUACAGAAGAGGAGAAAAUGUUUGAAAUAGAAACGGCCAAAAAUGGAAGAGCUGGAUGCAAAAAAUGCAAACAAAAGUGUCAACAGGGUGAUCUAAGAAUUGCGAAAAUUGUACCAAAUCCAUUUGGCGAUGGAAAAAUGAAAAAUUGGCAUCAUGUAGAUUGUUUAUUUGAUGGUUUUAAAAAACAAAGGGCAACCACCAAACGCAUCGAAAGCGAAAGUGAUAUAAUUGGACUUGAUGCUCUAUUAGAUAGUGAUAAAGAGUUGAUCAGAGAGAAAAUAAACGAACUUCAUAAGUUUUUUGGUACUACUAAGAAAUCACCAGCUAAGCGAAAAGGCAAGUUAGUGGAGACAACUAAGCAAACUAAGAAUUCGCAGAAUAAUGGGAAAGGUGUGCAACAAGUGAAAUCAUAUAAAGAUGAUUUAUUUCAAACUUUUCAAGACUUGGUUAAUAAGGUUUCAAAACAUCCUAGCUAUUUAGAUAAAACAGCUAUUGUAAAGCAGAUGUUUGAGAAAGGAAGUUCUGGAACUGGAUUUGAAGGUGACCCUGAAAUUUGGUGUAGAUUAUUAUUACCUGGCAGCGUAAAGAGAAUUUAUAAUUUACAAAGUAAACAGUUAGUGAAACUUUUCAGUAGAAUAUUUAAUGAAGACCAAACAGAAAUGUUGGAGCAUUUACAGCAAGGGGAUAUUAGUGAAACAAUUAGUCAUUUUUAUAAAGAAAGUUUAAAAAUGAAGCCAAUACCGUUGACUUCAACAAUAACUGUUCAGCAAGUAGAUACUUUUCUUGAACAUCUCUCAAAAUUAAGCAAAGAAGAGGACCAAAUGAAUCAUUUCCAAACUAUUUUAAAGAUACUGACAUCUGAAGAUCUAAAAACAAUCAUUCGAUUAAUUAAACAUGAUUUAAGAAUGGGUGCUGGACCAAAACAUAUUUUAGAAGGAAUUCAUCCUGAUGCAUAUGAUGUAUAUAAAGCAUCAAAGGAUUUAGAUGGGGUAGUGGAAAGGUGUUUUAAAAAUAAAAAGGUGCAAAAUGCAGAUAUAAAAAUUUUAACUCCUGUUUUUCCAAUGCUGGCAGAAGCAUGCAAAUCUGUUGAAUAUGCUUUAAAAAAAUGUCCAAAUGGAAUGUUUUCAGAAAUUAAGUAUGAUGGUGAGAGGGUACAAGUUCAUAAACAUGGUAAAGAAUUUAAGUAUUUUUCACGAUCGUUAAAACCGGUGCUGCCUCAUAAGGUAUCUCAUUUCAAAGACUAUAUCCCGAAGGCCUUUCCUCAUGGUAACGACUUGAUACUGGACACCGAAAUACUUAUGAUGGACACCGCUACAGGCAAACCAUUACCGUUUGGAACGUUGGGCGUUCAUAAAAAGGCACAGUUUAAAGAUGCCACCGUAUGUUUAUUUGUGUUUGACUGCAUAUAUUAUAACGGAGAGAGUUUAAUAAAUAAACCCUUGAAAGAGCGUAAGCAAAUUUUACAUGACAACAUGAUUGAGGUACAGAAUCAUAUCGUUUUUUCGGAAAUGAAGGAAAUCGACGAACCUAAAACUUUGGCUAAAAUGAUUGCAAAGGUUUUAAAAUUAGGUUUGGAAGGGCUGGUUUUAAAAGACACUAUGAGCAAAUACGAACCGGGGAAAAGGCAUUGGUUAAAAGUUAAGAAGGAUUAUCUCUUCGGUGGUGCAAUGGCGGAUAGCGCAGAUUUGAUAGUUUUGGGAGCAUGGUAUGGUACUGGUCAAAAAGGUGGAAUGAUGUCGGUGUUUCUGAUGGGAAGUUACAAUCCGGCCUCCAAAAAGUUUUGCACUGUAACCAAAGUUCAUACAGGGCACGACGACAAGACACUUGAUAUGCUUCAAAAAGAAUUAAAAAUGGAAAAAAUAAAUUGUGACCCAGACAAAGUUCCCAGUUGGCUUAAUUGUACAAGAACUAUGGUACCGGAUUUUGUCGCUAAGGAUCCAAAGAAACAACCCGUUUGGGAGAUAACUGGAGCAGAGUUCACACAACAUAAUGUUCAUACUGCUCACGGCAUAUCAAUAAGAUUUCCUAGAGUAACAAAAAUAAGGGAAGACAAAACGUGGGAAACAGCUACUAACACUGAUGAGCUUAAAAUACUUUUCGAAAAAUCUAAAGAAGAUACUGAUGUCAGUCUAUUAUUAAAAGAUUUUCAAGGAAAAAUGAAAGAUACUGACGAAAUUAUGACGGAAGAGAAACCAUUGUCUAAGAAGAAAAGGGUUUCUGAUGGUUCUAAUUCAUUUAGUGAUAGUAGUCCAUCAAAAAAGUUAAAAGUUCACGAUAGAGACACUUUUCUGUCUGAAGGCACCUCUAAAAAGAGAAAAGUUAAGAAAGACAGUGAAAAGUUAUCCACGAAGGAUACAAAAGGAAACAAAAUUAAGUCAGAAGAUCAUGAUAUUGCUAAAAGGAAAGUGAAGCUUAUAAAUCCAUUACAAGAACUGUUUAAAGGUUUAAAAACGACUUUUAUAGUACAAGAAAACACUGAAAUUGAAAGGUAUUUUAUUGCAUAUGGUGGUACAGUAUUAAAAGCUCCAAAUUUGAAAGAAGUGACUCAUAUUUUUCAUUUUCACAAAAAGAUAAAGCACAUACGUCCAGAUUGGCCUAAAACAGCAAAACAUGUUCAUAUAGGAUGGAUAGUUGAUUCUGUAAAUAAUAUGAGAUUAGUUAGCACUGACAAAUAUGUUAUUAAUUGGAAGUCAUCUUUUGAACAAGAUGAACAUAUUGAUAAAAUAUGUAACGCGUGAUAUAAGGAGACGUUAUUUUAAUUGAAUUAUUUUACAAUAUUAUUUUACAUUAUAUAUUUAUUAUUAUUUUUAUAUUAUUAAUUGUGUUAGUCAUUUUAAUUGGGAAUGUACUUUUUACAAUAUUAUUUUACAUUACCUAUAUAUUUAUUAUUAUUUUUAUAUUAUUAAUUGUGUUAGUCAUUUUAAUUGGGAAUGUACAUAUAUUUAUACCUGAA